AGUUUGCUCAUGUUUAUCCAAAUAGUGAAAAUUUUCUUGUUUCAGAAUGUUGGUUUUAUGGUUUUCUUAAAAGAAAUGGAUUUUCUCUGCAACGUAAAACAAAAAUCAGCCAAAAACUUCCUACUCACCUUAAUGACAAACUUUUGGAGUUUCAGCAGUUUAUUAUUAAAAAACAAAAACAAUUUGAAUAUGAACUUUGUAAAAUUGAAAAUAUGGAUGAAACUCCUGUUUAUUUUGAUAUGGUUGGAAACUUAACUAUAGAAAAUCAUGUUCUUGUAGAUGGUACAAAAUUACCACUAAUUGUCAUUUUUAAAGGUAAGCAAAUGCCAAAGAAUUUACUUUCUGGAAUUAUUGUAUUGAUACACCCAAAAGGAUGGAUGGAUGAAUCUGGAAUGAAAAUCUGGUUUGAUAAG